AGCGUGCGCGGUAACGGGUCGAUCGUGGGAGGUUGGUUGAUCGAAAAGUAGAUCUUUGGUCAAAAACAAUUUGGGCACCCCUGGUCGAGCUGGUUCGUGCCCCCUAGUUAAUGCACACAAACAGGAAGUGUGCCACCCUGUUUUCCUGUUUGGUGACGUGAUUUUCAGUGUUAAGGCCUAUUAGCGGAAAAAAAGGUGCCAAAUUAGAAAAUUUACUUUAGGAAAAAGUUUUUAUUUAUGAUAAAAAAGGCUGUGUUUUGUUGUUUUACAGAAAGAUCUAGUUUUUGACAGAACACAGGAUUAUUAAAAAAAAAAGAAUAGAGCGUUGAAUUUUAAGAAUAAAAAAAAGGUGAAGUUAUGAGAAAUAGUGUCAACGCAGGAAACGUGAAGUACAUGUUUUGAGAAAUGCCAUCAAAUAACAUUUCUACGACACUUCUAAUACAACUUGGUAGAGUUGCUUUCGUCCCCUUUAACAAACCAACAUCACGAAUGUCCUUUUUUACAUCCACAAAGUUACCUUCGUGCUCGUUGCUGUUUGCUUUACAGGUUACCGUCGUUUAUCUAGACAAAAUAAUUGUUUCGUUUAAAACGCCAGACAUUCUAAUCCAUUCAAAGGUUUACAUUGUUAGCUUUAGAUGUUUGUUUUUUUGUCUCGUGUGACUCGACAUUAUUCCCAGGGUGGCUUUGUGCCACGUAGCUGUCAUGGCCCACGUGGCUAAAGUUGCUUGGGUCAUUGUUCCCGUCUGCUCUUCAUCAGAGAUUACAAUUAGAAACAGCUGAAUCAGGUAUGCAGGAAUCUGCACGUAGUCGCCAGGCCUGCUUGAACAAAGCACGCCUAAUGAAUCAUACAGCUCGAUGCUGACUCCUUGAUCAAUGACUCUGGGCAAAACUGAUCACUAUUAUUAUAGCUCUCAAAGCUAAUUUCAAUCAAAAAGGAAAAAAAAAAUCUGGGUGGGGUCUAGGGAGGAGGUGACAGUUGAUUGUUAACCGGCAAAAUGCCUUAAGCGACACUUUGAACAUGAGACGAUCAGGGACUCCUUAUUGGAUCAUUUCUGUAAGCCUUAUCCUGUUUCGGAUCACACUAUCGUCUGUUCAAAUGAAGGAAAAAAGUAAAGUAUAAAUCUGUAAUUUCACAGUGAUAUUUUUCGAAUUUCAGUUUUGGGCUCAUGUACAACCAUUCAAUCACAUUCACACCUACAGCGGAGUCUUCACUCAACCAAACGUGUCUGUAUAUGGAAUGUGUCGGGGAAACCGGAGUAAACCGACACAAGUACGGGAAGCGCAUGCAAAUAGCAGAAAUUCAAACCCAUUUCGAUUGUGAAGCAGACGUGCUAGCCUGCCCCGUGUACUUUUUUUUUCCUCUUUUCUAAAUCAAGCAGUGGUAACACAGUCACUUGAAAAGAAAUUGGUCCAACCCUUGUGGUCAGUGUGAGAUGUAAGCAAGCAAGCAAGCUGUCCUCUGCUGAGAAGAACCAUGCCCGCAUGGGGAUCUUUCUCAUGUAUCUAAAACUGUACACGUUUCAUCCCGCUGCCCUAAGUCCCUUCUCCUUUCCCCCAGUCGCUCCAGUAACUCCGCUAAAAGGCUUAGAUUAAACAGGAUUAGCACGUUCAAAGAUCUUCUCUCCCGCAGCCAUCUGCCCACCUACCUUGAGCCAGCAAGUGUCUUGCGAGCACCAUGCCACCGCGUCGCCACUGUCUUUGCAGGAAAACAAUAACAAGUGGUUGCUUGCUCCAACGGUUUGUGACCUUCUGCAGUGGGAGACUUCCGGACUAUGCCAAUUUGUAGGACGUCCUUGCAACACCCAAGGGGAAGUGCCGGUUUCAGGAUCUAAACACGGAUUUAAAAUGUCCAUCUUGUGGAGAUGUCUUUUAUUUAGUUUAGUGCUCAUGUUUUUGGACCUGAGGACCGACGCCGUACUGGAAGGAUCCUCCAUGGGUCCACUCGAGGUGCCACUUGGCGGCGAAGCGGCAUCGUUCCGGCGUGUCGUCCGUGUGUCCGACGUCAUGGUGUCCCGAGGAAGUCGCGUGGCUCUGGCCAGACGCAAACGCAACAUCCUCUUCCCGAGCGGCGUCAAGCUGUGCGCGCAGGAGAGCGCCAAGCAGGUGGCCGCAAACCACCUCAGUUUCUUCCAUCUCAGAGCGUGCCAGGAGACGGUGUGGGAGGCUUUCAAAAUCUUCUGGGAUCGCCUCCCCGAGCAGGAGGAGUACCAGAGCUGGAUGAACCAGUGCCAGGAAGGGUUGGCGACGGCACGAGACAUUGGUAUCUACUUUAGCCAAUCGGAGGAGCAUCAAGGGGUGAUCAAAAAGAAAAUGUCAGCGCCUGCCUUGAAAAGUGAACCCACUCGAUCUGGACACCAUACAUGCAGCACGCCAGCUCCCGAAGCGACAAUCACCACAAAGGCUCCUGCCAAAGAAGAAGAUAUUGACGAGAGCGAAAAAGUGGAGGAAGCAGCUGUCAUUGUGCCAGAAAUGGAGCUGGACAACGACAUCCCAGUGGAGCCAGUACCAGCGGCCGUGUUGGAGCAGGUGGUGGAGCUGAGCAUCCUCCUCACGGGAGUCGUGUACGAUGAUGACUUGGGCGACCCUCACUCGCUACACUAUCAGACCCUCAGCAGACAGCUUGCUCAGAAGAUUGAGGACGCCCUGUUGGCACUUCCUGGUUUCAAGAGUGUAUCUGUGAUGGACUUCAGGCCUCACAAGGAUCCGCAAGGGCUGGACGGCCUCGUGGUGGACUACGCCGUCACCCUGGUGGUGGACGACGCGGGCAUCAGCGGUGACCAACUGGACUACCUUACCCUGCAGUCCAACCAGGUGGAGAACUCAUACCGCGAGGUCAAGGAACACCCGACACUGGUCUACGCCAUCAGCGAGCUCAAGACCUUCGUGACUGAGGACCUCCUGAAGGGCGCCCUGGAGAGCGUGCCUGAGACCCCCGAGACCAUCCACGCUGCAGGAGAGACAUUGAAUGAACCAGCAGAGGCUCUAAUCCCGGACGACGGCAUGGAUGACGUCAAGGGAGACCAAUUGCUGCCUGAAAGCGUUGGGCGGGACACGGUGGAGUCUUCUGAAAGCGACAUCGUUGUCCUGGAGGAGAGUGUCGAGAUAUCCUCCCCUGCUGUGGUUGAGACAGCUGCGCCUGAAACUGUCUGUAUCAGGGAAGAGGAUCUGCUUCUGGAGAACACCGUGCAGAUCGCCGCUGCAGACAAACCCGUAGAGGAAGACCAGCAGGCGCCUCCCCGCUCCGAGGAUCAAGAUAGCAUCACGCUGCCCCAACCACCGGUGGUGGCGGAGGCCUCGGGCACAGGGGACCUGGACAACCUGCUGUGGCCAGAUACAACUCCGGCGACACAAGACACUGAAGACGUGGUUGUCCUGGAAGAGGAGCAUCUGGACAAUGGUGUAGACACCGAAGACCUCCUCGUGAGUGAAACCGCAGAUGACGACUUUGUUCCUGAGGUACUGAGUGAGGUAGCUGAGGAAGGAGGCUCAAAACAUCCCGAGGAACCUUUAGUUGAAGAAGCUAGUGUGGAAGAAGCAGCAGAGAGUGACGGACAAACUCCUGAGGAAACACCCGCCUCAGCUCCGGUGCCUCUUGAAGAACCUCCAGAAUCUUCCGAAAUCGCGAGCGACGACAUCGCAGACGACGACAUCUUGCUGGUCAACAAAGACGCACCAUCGGUUAGCAUUCCUUUAAGCUCCGCCCCACCGACUGCAAUGUCUGCCGAAAAGGAGUCGCCCUUCACCCGUGUAGCCGUCGAGGGCCAACCGGACAUUGUCAUGCCGUCACUCGUGGAGAUCCAAAACAGUGACGAAAACGAUCCUCCCGUGGAAGACCUCGCUUAUGACGUCUUCCCUUACGGCUUGAUCAACCACACGGAAGAAGGCAGCACCGGAUUCCCGUUCAGCGUAUCUCACGUCACCGACCCGGCCAGCAUCGCUAUGCCGGCCAACCCCGGUCGAGCGCUCAUGGUGUUCUUCAGCCUGAGGGUGACCAACAUGAUUUUCUCUGAGGAUCUCUUCAACAAGAGUUCCCCAGAGUACAAAGCGCUGGAGCAACGCUUCCUGGAACUGCUCGUGCCCUAUCUCCAGUCCAACCUGAGUAACUUUGAGAACUUGGAGAUCCUCAACUUCCGCAACGGGAGCAUUGUAGUCAACAGCCGGAUGAAGUUUGGCAAGCCCGUGGCUCAGGGCGUCACCACCACCGUCUAUCUGAUCCUGGAGGACUUUUGCAACACAGCCUACCAGACCAUGAACCUGGCCAUCGAUAAGUACUCCCUGGACGUUGAGUCAGGCGACCAGGCGGAUCCGUGCAAGUUCCAGGCAUGUAACGAGUACGCCGAGUGCAAAGUGAACAAGUGGUCGGGCGAGGCCGAGUGCGUGUGCAACGCUGGCUACUUCAGCGUGGACGGUCUGCCUUGUCAGAGCAUCUGUGAGCUACGCAGCGACUUUUGCCUCAACGAUGGCAAGUGUGACAUCAUCCCUGGUCAGGGAGCCAUCUGCAGGUGCCGUGUUGGCGAAAACUGGUGGUACCGAGGAGAGCACUGUGAGGAAUACGUAUCGGAGCCUCUAGUGGUUGGCAUCGCGGUGGCGUCAGUGGCCGGAUUCCUCUUUGUGGCGUCUGGAGUGAUCUUCUUCCUCGCCAGGACCUUACGGGAUCAGUAUGAUAAGGAUGAGUCAGAGGACCCAAUACGGCGCGCAGAGAGCAUUCCGUCGUUGGAGAGGGCGACCAAGUACAACCCCAUGUACGAGAGCGAGGCCACCACCGGCUACAGCCACUACUACCGCCGUUACCCCGAGGCUCCCGUCUACAGCAGCGCCAGCGCCGAGGCCUCCACCGACUUCAGUAGCGAGGAGAUCCGACACAUCUACGAGAACAGCGAACUGACCAAGGAGGAAAUUCAAGACAGGAUACGCAUUAUCGAGCUCUACGCCAAGGACCGUCAGUUUGCAGACUUUGUGCGGCAGCAUCAAGCUGUUCUGGAUACCCGAAGAGAAAGUUCUUCAGGACAGACAUGAAACAAAAAGAACCACACGUCUGUCUUCCUGAAGGCCUGGUCUCAGCACUCACACACGGUCCGUCAUCCAGGACACUUUUACUUCUUUCCAUGUUUGCAUUAGUCUCUCCGCGAGAGGCGGGAAGCGGUCGCAGACCCGUCUUCUCUCCCGCGUCCUUCCUCUGUGCCUUUUGCUGGACAUGUCCCUCCAUGGAAUAUGUACUUCAACCAUAUUGUCAAACGGAUGAAAAUGAAGAACUUAAAGCAUUGCUCACGUACCCGCAGUAACGUAGCUUAGCUAAUAGCGACAGCUAUCUCCUUUUUGCGUGCGUGUGAUGCUCACAAAUGAGCCGAGGGAUGCCGAGUUAGCUGCGAUUUAGUGGAUGGUGCUCAUGCUCGUCUGUGUUUUCUUGAUGUUUUUGACGUAGUCCUCUAGCGUGAAAGUGACGCGUAGGGAUAAAUUCUUGUCUAAUGGAGUACUUUAGCGUCAAGGCGGCCAAAUAUUCAAUGUCGUGGAUGGAGUUUUCCCCGACGUUUCAAGGCUCCCACCGAAUCGGAUGCUUGGACAUGUUUGGACGUGGCGAGGCAGACGCCGAAGGCAGAAGUGAGCGAGCCCCGUUGAGAGGCAGCAUACAGAAAUAAGUGAAAACACAUUUUGCAGAGGGAGAUACGUUUGGACCGAAUGCUGGACUUUCCUACGUCCCUGCUCGAGAACGGUAGAAGAAGCGACAAAAAACACUUGAAGGUUAGCAGCAAUUCCUUUUGAAUGUGACUACCAGUUUGGCUCCGUCAUGGUGUUUUCUUUGGUUUUUGUCUCGCAUUCCACCCUUGGACGCGUUGCACUCCAUCAGCGUUCCCCCCGCACUGCAGUAAAUCGUAUCUGUCCCACUUCGUUAUGAUGUUUAGCUCGCACACAUGCACACACGCAUAUGCAGAGUUGAUGAACACCAUGCCUUUUGCAAUCAAUCGCUUACUACAGUGGAACCUCUUAAAUCCAACCAGGUCGAGCAAUUAGGACCUUGACCCAGUUUCAACUUCGGUACGUCAACUGGCGACAGCGGGUAUCACAAAAAGCACACAAAGGAUUCGAUUUGUCUUUGAGUUUUUAGAGAAGAAGAUUCUGGAAAUAAGCACAAAAAAAAUAGGAUGAAUUAAUUGUUUCAAUUAAAAAAUGUGUUAGGGUACAUUUUCCCCAAAACCAAACAAAAAAUAUUUGUUUUACUAUUCAUGGUUAACUGCUGUGGUUGAAAAAAAAAAAGUGUCUUUUUACUAAGUUACAACGGCUUGUUUUGUUUUUACAUUUUAUUAUACAGAUUGCCUGAAAUGAAUAAACCAUUUAUGACGCCAACAGUUUGACCAUUUCCCCAACGGCGGGUUCCAAAAUGGAAUUUUGGCCAACGACUGGUUUGUGCUUAACUUUAGAGGUUCCGUUGUAAAGCUGUGUCUCAGUUCAAGCAAAGGCCACCAGACACCAACGUCCACUUCUGCACAGUCAAGCGCACACUUCUUACACACACACACACAUAUACAGUAUAUACAUAAAAAUGAUUGAAAAUAUUAAUUCCGAUAUCCCAAAUGUUUUAUUACCUAACCAUGUAUUUUUUAUACUCUUAAUCUUACCGUGUGUUUCCAUCCUGUGCAGCUGCUUCACUGCCCUGUGCAAACCAAAGCCAUGUGUGUAAAAUAAAAUGCUUUGUAACACAUCA